AUGGCGAAUGCUGGUGAGUCAACAAUAAUUAUUGAUGUUGAUGAGUCAUAUAGGCAUAACUGCCUAUCUUUAUAAUUUUAUUACAUUUUAUCAAUAUUUGAUUAUUUAAUAAUAAUUAAAAUUUUAAUGCUAAUAGAAUUUUUUUAAUUCCAUUUGUUUAAGCUAUUCAAACUGAUCCAUGGCCAGUAACAAAUGAGACAGAGUUAGGGCUAGAGGAUGAAUCAGAAGAUGAGCUGGAAAUGCAGGACGACGUAUAUGAGGAGUUUGAGUGUGAUGAAGACCCUAAAUGGAGUCCUGAAGAAAUCGAAGAUGCAUAUAAAAAACUAAAGGAAGAUGAUGACUCGGUGAAGACUCAUCAGAACCCAAGGUACAAAGAUGCAAAAUUGAUUGCAUUUUAACAUCUUAGCUCUAAGUAUCCUCUGGGAAGUGAUUUAGGCCUAAAACUAACUUCCAUUAUGAGAGGAUCUAUUUAGAAACAAGAGUACAUGUUUGUUUUUUAAUUUACUCAGAUAAGAAUUGCAAAAAAAAAAAAAAGAAAAGAAGAGGCAUAGCCAGCCCAUAGACUGGAAGUCCCAGGCCUAAAAAUGUUUAGUUUGUCCACUCAACCACUUGUAAUAAAUUAUGCACCUGUAGCUUAAGGGCUCAAAGUUGUCAUGUGUGCAAUCAACAGAAUUAUUAUAAAAAAGUAUUUUUCAGGAUGUAUGUGACAAUAAAAUCCCAACCCACGAUUAGCCAGGUUUACAACAAGUUGAAAAACUGGCAACACCCCGAGAAAAACAAUAAAAAUGAUACUCAUUUUUUUUAUUGUUAUUUUAUUAUUUCAGAUGCUAUGAUUAAAUGAGUAUUUCCUUUCAAUCAUUUUUUACAGGUUGGAUCUACAAGGAAAAAACAUUCGAGAGGAACCGAAGGGAAUUGUUUUCCUUUCCAAACUUCUUCUUUUGUUUCAGUUCUGCCACUUGUGCUUCUUUUCAAAACCCAAACUUUCUGUAUCACAGACAGGUACCUUGUUUACCGUAGAAAGUUUCUGCAGAAACUGUAGCCAGACAAAAGUCUGGAAGAGUCAACCAGACCUGCUAGGAAAGUUUCCAGCAGGUAACCUGCUAUUAAGUUUUGCAGUGCUCUGUGAGCCGAGUGAAAAGAAAGAAACGAUACAUUAA